GUCAGAAACGAAAAAUGGCGCACCAAUUCUUUGUUUAGAUGCGUGAAAUGGCGUGAUAACCACUAAUUUUAAUCUCGUUUAUACAAAUAAGAAAUGCCGUUUCUCAUUAAUUAGAAAUUACCUAAAAUUAAGUGACAAUUUCUUUGAAAAUCUACAUCACAUCGAAAUCAAAUAAUAACUUUGAGGAUGUCUGAUAAGCAAGUAGUAGAAACAAAGAGGUUAGAUGGAAGUAAGGAAUCAGAAGUGGAAAAUGUUGACGCAAUAAAAAGAUAUAUUGAAGAGCAAGAAGUUUUCUUGAGGUGUUCAUCUGAUAAUGAAAUAGUAAACAAAAAAAUAAAAGAUACAUAUAAAGGAGAAAAUCAAAACAACUCAAAUUUAGAACUACAACUAACAUUUUCCAAUAAUUGUGAUAUUGCUUCUAAGGAUUGUGAGAUGAAACAACAGAUGUACAAGACUGGUUCUGAAUCUGUUUACAGUGACGAAUCAACAAUGUCAGCGUCUCCAAACGCACUGUCAAAUGAUUCCUUGUUAGAUCUAGAGAAUGAAGAAACUCUUGCUAAUCAAGCAGCUGCCAAUUUACUGUCUUUAGGUCAAAACUGUCUAAAGAUGCAAAUAAAUAUAAAACAACAAAACCGUUCAGAUGAAGACAUACAAUCCAAUGCUCAUGAAUUUACUUUGAAGUCAAAUGUAAAUAUUCAAAAUAAAGAGGAAUGUCACAGUUUAGAACUGCAUCAAGAGAGAUGUGAACUAAAUGACAAAAGUGAAAUUGAGUUAAAUAGUACAAAUAAAACUUCUAAGACAACUGAAGAUGAUUUACAUCCAAGCAAAGAAGAACUUCAAAAAAACCAAGACUGCAGUAACGAAAUCUCUGAACCAGUAAACAAGAAUAGUUUUUCUAAAAGUGAGAACUUUCAACCAUCCACUUUGCUGCAUAAAUUACUAACUGCCUCUAACAAGUCAAGUAGUGAAAUAAACAAUUCAAUUUUUUUGGAUAAAGACACCAAAACAUUACAAGACAGUAGAGAAAAUGGUGAUGAAUCUUUGUCCAUAGCAACAAGUGUAAUGGACAUGAUACUUAAUGAUGCUGAAGUGGCUAUAAGUAAGAAAACUGCUGGUGCUUUAUCUAAACAAUGUUUCAGCCCUGAAAAAGCCAACUCCAGCGUUUCUCUAGCAAUUGGAUCUAAAGUAGAGGCCAAAGAUUUCUGUGAGCUGUGGCACCCUGCUCAGAUAGUUGAAGUGGACUGUGAAGAAAUGGAGGUCCUGGUACAAUAUGACAAGCAACCAAAAAUGCACAAUGAAUGGAUAAGUAUAAGUAGUCCAAGAUUACGACCUAUAAGCAGUAUGGAGACAAAGCCAGCAUCACCCUCUUCUGUACCUGUCACAGAAGUGGUCACAGAACCUAAAGCAGAAGACAAACAGAAAGUGACUUUUGCUGUAGGAGAACGAUGUUUGGCUCGAUGGAGGGACAACCGCCGGUUCAUUGCAACAGUUCAAAAUGAUCUAGAAAAUGGCCAAUAUGAAGUUAUGUUUGAUGAUGGGUUUCAAUGGAAGUGCCCUGUUUCGAGAAUGUACAAACUGAAGGAAAAUGGGCAUCAGGAUUACCCUCGGUUCGGAGCGACGGGCGCGGCGCCGGCCGCCGCCGCGCCCCCGCGGCCCCCGCGCCCCCGCGCCCGCCGCGCCCGCCGCGGCCCCGCGCCUGCCGCGCCUGCUCCCCUCCCCUUGUACCACACGCACCUGUUUGACCCCACCCGUGAUUACCUAGGUUCCAAAAGCGAAAGGCGUGAGAUGAAGCGAAAACUAAACAUCAAAGAAAUAUUUAAUAUUGGACAGAAACGAAAAAAACUACCUGCUCCAGAAAAAGAAUACAAAAGUACUGUUCCUGUGAAAGAAGAAAUUAAAACUGAAAUAAAAUCUGACCCAGACAUUUUACCACAAGAAACUGCUCCACUGGCAGAACCUCCCUUAAAGGAAACCAUUUCUAAGUUACAAGUAAAAAAAGUCAUACCAAAGAAACCAUCAGUCAAGAAGAAAUCUCUUGGAAAGAAAAAAAAUAAAUUAAAAAACAUUGAUGGAAAAGCAGUAGUUUCUUCAUCAAAUGACAUCAAGAAAGAAAAAAUACCAGAAGCGGUUGCCUCUAUUAUUGGUACAAUGUGUAAUUUGGAGCCUGAAAUCGAAGUCAAAAACGAGCCGUCUGAAGAAGCUAUGGAUUCGAAUGCAAAUGAAAUACACCCUGGAGACCUAUCAAAUGAAUCGGACUUAUCUCAUUCAGUAAAUAAACAGGACCUUGAUAUUGUAAUGGAAGAGGAAAUAAAGCCAUUUGAAGUUCAGGACGGAGUCGAGCACGAGGAAGUCAUCGGUAAAAUUAAGGAAGUGAUCACAAAGUUAGAGGACGGCAUUAACCAAGUGGAAAAGAAGGAGAUAAAAACUGAAGAAGUUAAAGUGGAAGUACCCGUGGAAGACGCCCCGCCGGCCGCUAAACCGGUCGAAACCAAUGAUAAAGAGAAGCAAAAGAAGUCGAAAGGUUCAUCGAAAGUGAAAAAAGGGAAGAAACUGAGGUUGAUGCAAGAGAAAAAGGUUAAAAAGCAAGUGGAGAAGGUGAAGUGUCAGUUGGAGGAGAUGAAGAAGCAGGUGGAGGCGAUGCGGCAGGAGAUAAUGCUGAAGACGGAGGAGCUGGCGAGCUCGCGGCGCGGCGAGUGCGCGGCGCCCGAGGCCGCGCUGCUGCCGGGCGAGUGGUGCGCGCGCUGGCUCGACGGCCAGCCCGAGGGCGCCGUCAGCGAGGCGCCCGCCGCCGGCGACUCGCCGCUCCCCAGGCGCAGCGUUCUGGUGGAGGAUAAGCGGCUGCCGCCGGGCUGGACCAAGCACAUGGUGCGCCGGAGCCUGGGCAGCUCGGCUGGCAAGUGGGAUGUAGUGUUAGUAAGCCCAGAAAAUCGCAGACUCCACACAAAGAGCGACAUGCGGAUGUACCUGGAGAACAACCCGCAGCCGGCGCUGAAGCCGUUCGAGGCCGCGCUGAUGGACUUCGGCAUCCACCUGAAGCUGUCCCGGCGGCUGGGCUGGGUGCGCACGUCGGCCGCCGGCGCGCCGCCGCCGCCGCCGCCCAGCCGCCACCUGCCCGCCUCCUCGCCGCUGCUCAAGCGCUCCAAGCUGUCUCUGCACGGCACCCACAAGCUGCUGCGACACAAGAAACCCAAGCUCAAGAUCAAACCUCUGCGCCCGCCACCGGGUUCAUCGGUGGCCGGCGUGCAGCAGAGCUCUAAAGAAAGCAGUGUGUGUACGGAGCCGACUGUAGCAGAGGAAGCGGUUCUGGAUGGCGCCAGUAUUAAAGAUGGUUUUGUUGAUGUCGGUUCGUUACGGGUUCAAGUUAUUUCUACUCUGCUGCGAUGUCCCGCCGAAGGGUGUUUUAAAAAUUUCCGGAAUACUACGCUUUUAAAAAUGCAUAUCAAACAUUACCACCGGGAGCUCCGAAAGUCAAUGGGCAACACCCCCAAAGUUCUAGAUCUAGCUUACGCCAGGACCAGGCCGAGCGAGGCGGAAAUGAAACUGAUGAAACGUGAAGCGCAACAGAGGGUGAUUAAAGUGAAGCUGCCGCGGUUGCACAAGCGAGUGGAUGCGCCGGCGCCCGCGCCGGACUCGCCCGCUCCCGCUCCUGCUGUCGCGCCCGCGCCCGCGCCCGCGCCCGCUCCGCCGCCCGCCGAGCCCGCCGCCGACGCGCCGCCGCGCUCCCUCGACUCGCCCAAGCUGCGGGACGCGCUCGCCGUCAAGCCGGCCAAGCGGCCGCGCGUGCUGCUGCCCGUGCGCACGAAAGACCCGGACCCGCCGCUCGACCCCGAGCCAGCCGCCGCCGACACGCCCCCGCCGCUCAUCAAACAAGAAAACCUCGACGACGAUUUGCUCGAACCGAAACAGGAGAUACCCGAUUGUGGCACCUUGGACUUUGAAACCGCGAUAUGCUCGCACACUGUGACGAAAAUGAUGAACGGCGAAAGGAUGAAAAGCGAGAAGAGGCGUAAGACUUUCGCUUGUUUAGGGAAACUGGCCAGCGAGGACGAGGAGUGGGCGGGCGCGUCCUCGGACACGCGCUCCAGCUACCCGAGCUGCGGCACGCCCGACUCGGCGCGCGCCGACGCCGACGACCCCGUGGGGCCCGCCGACGCGCUCGCCGCCGCCGCCGCCGCCGCCGCGCACCACUACAUGUACACCGAGAACGGUGAGCGCAUCAAGCUGGUGCGCAUGAAGCGUGAGGAGAUCAUCAACUGCCACUGCGGGUUCCGCGAGGAGGACGGGCUCAUGGUGCAGUGCGAGCUGUGCCUGUGCUGGCAGCACGCGCUGUGCCACAACAUACAGCGGGAGGCGGAGGUGCCGGAGAAGUACACGUGCAGCAUCUGCCUGAACCCGCGUCGCGGGCGGCGGCGGCAGCGGUUCAUGCACGACCAGGACCGGCUGUACGAGGGCUUGCUGCCGGGCCCGGGCGGCGGGCGCGCCUGCGACGCGCUGCGCCGCUCGCACGAGCUCUCCGGCAACCUGCUGCGCAUCGAGGACGCGCUGCACGCCGUGCGAGUUAACACGCGCGUAGCACAGACAAAGAACCAUCCGAAAUUGUACCUGUGGGCCAGAGAUUGGGAAACUGUCGAAUUAUCCUUCGCUCAAGAAAAACUUAACUCUGAAUAUUCAGACCUGAACGUGAUCAUCAAUAAUUUAGGAAAGGAGAACCUGCCUAUGAAAGUGGAGGAUUUAAAAGAAAUUGCCUUAGAUAUGAAGACUCCUUCUGAUGAACCCGAAGAAAAACAAAACUCAUUGGAGAAAGAGAACCAAAUGGGAUCUCAAGGUUUACUCAGCGGCUUGUUGUCGAGCCCCGGCGCGGCGUCGCUGGACCUGCCCAUCAGCGAGUCUGAACUAGAAAAGCUGGCUAAAUCUGUGCAUGGUAAAGAGCACGAGAGCCGGGCGCGGGUGCGCGCGCCGCAGCCCGAGGCGGCCAUCGAGAACAGCGCGUGCCGCGCGCGCCUGCUGCGCCACAUCCAGCGCUGCCACGCGCUGCUCGACCAGCGGCUCGACUCCAUCGAGGCCCAAGUCGCAGAGCUGGAGUCGCAAGACGCGUCGCUGGAGGACGACGAGUCGCCGGAGUUCUGCCCGCGCGCCAAGCAGGCGCUGGUGAUGAUCGCGCGCGACCUGGACGCCAUGGAGGAGCUCGGCGUCGUCACCUAACACGCGCCGCCCGCGUGGCGCGCGCCGCCCGAGCCGCCCGCGCCCGACGCCGCUCCCCGCGCGGGCUAGGCGCGCCCGCACCGCUGCUUCGCCUUUUGCCAUCUCAUUAUAGGACAAUAUCUACUUUGUAUCGUUUCAAUUUAAGCCAGCAUUAUAUUGGGUUAGUCAGUGAAGCGCAUACCGAUUGGAACGUUUAACGUUAUGUGAACCUCAAUAUUAGACUAUGAGUUGAAGUCACGCUGCAACGAUGAUGAUACAGAUGUUUAACAUACAAGGAGUGUACAGUGAAAGAGAGCGUUAACUCUGUAGAAUGGACCGUCAUCGUCAACGCCACAACAGUGCAAGAGGAUACGGCGGUGGACCUGCGGAGCCAAAGCCGAACAGUCUUUGACCGGCUAUACGAGUAUUAUAUAUAGAUCAGUCAGUGUAAAAUAAUUAGCCAUUAAAUAAAAUGUAAUAUAGAACAUUUAAACUAUGCUCAUCACUUUAUGGUAUCUUCGUAUUUGUAAGAGUUAGAAAGUAUCGGUAGGGAUAAAUCCUGUGCAUCAAAUGCAAAGCGAAGUGUUUACUCUUUAGUGGCCUGCUGAGUUGUCGGCACUUAAUAUGUGAUUUAGUAAGUCUGUAACAGGCGCUAAAUUAACCAAUAGACAUUAGUAGACACAACAAAAAGGUUACCCGUGAAUGUUAAUAAUUUAAUAAAGAUAGAUUCUGUAUCAUAAACGUUUUCACCCAAUGGAUAAGUGGUUGCUGCUUAUUUUUGUAAAGGCCAUAGUCGUAUUAGAAUAGUUAGUGGUCGUGCCCUAUCCUAAUGAAAUUUCAGUCUGUAGAUUAUUAGGGAUAAUGAUUCUUCAUACCAACUGCAACGUAUGAGGUGCAAAUUUCUGGUAGAUGCCUUACGUUUUGAAAAAAUGUUAAAAUUCCUGGUCCUCUCCUUUAGUUGAAAUAACGUAGGUAUUCGUGCACGAAUAUUAUCCCGUCUUAGGCAAUAGUAAACUAAAUGGGGUUUUACACCAGUUACGAAUGAGUUAAUAUAGGAAUUUAAAAGUACAAGUACAUUUUGUUUUUAUUUUGUUUUGGUAUCUUUCUGAUUUGUAUUUAUGAAGCUAUGAAAAGAUAAUUUUGAUUUGUAUUUAUUUAGUUAUGAGAUAAGUGACAUUUAACUGAAUAUUUAAACAUACACCAAAAAAUAUUACCUACGUUUAACUAUACAUGUUCUAGCAGAUUUUGAAUGUGCCCGAAAUUUACUUUGGGUUUAAUUUCUUUAUAUUUUGUACGGGAAAAAUGAAGUUAAAUCAAUUUGUUAAAACUCUUUCGUAGUGUUACAAAAUGUCAUAUAAUAUGCAAUUGCUGUCAUAUAGGAUUUUAAUUUAAAUACAUGAUAUACAUAUAUACAGUUCAUGUAUUAAGAAAAAAUACUAUGCGGAGUACUAAAAAUUAUUCUGCCAUAUUAUGCAAUAUUAAUGUGAAACAACUGAUGUGAACACCGAGUCUCCUGAUAAGUGGUAAGAAACUAAAAAAAAACAUUUAUACUUCUUGGGCUAUGAGGUAAUUUUCUUCAACGACAACUCGUGGUUUCACAGCAGUCCCCAAUUAAUCUGCCAAAAGUGACCGUGUGACUGACUAUAUUCCUAAAUGGUCCUAGCCGUGAGUACCGAGUAAUUUAACGCAAGCCAGCAGGGCUCACAAUUGUGAAUGCCGCUAUCCGAUAAGGAGCUUCUAAACGGGCCAUAUUUUCACUGCGAUUUGUGGCCGGGAACUAUUGGUGUUUAUCUCUAACACGUGAGUAAGGUAAGGACACCAGUUAUUCUUAAUGGCAAACGGGAUACUGGGGACGCUAUUGCUAUGUCUUGUAUGGGAACCCUGCAUUUUAUGAUUAAGCACUCAGACUUGGCACAGUUGUUCAUUGGGUGGCCCUGAGUAGAUAAAGAUCGGGAGGCAUC